AUGCAUUUGUUCCAUACCAGUUAUGAAACAGAAACCAUUUAUUGGGCUGUUGAUAGUCAUGAUUACCUUAGCAUCGAUCAUCAUAAUUCUCAGCUUCUUCGAUUGUCCAAUCCCAUCCACAACACUGUGUGGCGCCUUAGGUCCAAUUUAGGUGUUCCGAUGCCCGAGCCUGAUCCUGAUUCUGAUGAGGAUGAGCCCCUUCCUGAUGUUGCUGCUCCAGUGCAGCAAGAACUUGUCAUGCAUCCCCAUCAUGACAUGUAUAUGCAAGAAUUUCGUAGGUUGCAUGAAGACAAUCGGCGUUUGCAUCGUGACUAUUCUGAACUUUAUGAUAGUGUUUGUGAGAUAAAUACUGAGAUGGUGGAGUUUAGCGAAGAGUUUUAUACCUUUAGAGACAAUCAACAAGCCCGCAACCAACAUGUGGAUUCCCUUGUGACCGACAUGCAUAGGGAUGAUUUGAAGAUUGGAGCAUGCUUAGGAUGGUCAAGGGAAGCUCUCGGUGAAAUUUCGGAACUUUCGGAGCUAAAUUGA